UGGUGCACAUAGUGAUUAUAAUGAAACGCAGGAUGUCGAAGACGAUGCAAGGAGUGGUGAACGUGAACUACGUGGCCUCGCGUGCUAGGAUGUUGGCCAAAUUCGUGGUGCAACAAAUGUCGGGACCGGAUCCUCUCAUUAAGUGCGUCGAUCACCAAUUAGAGAUUCACCUGAGGGAGAUCAAGGACAGCAUAGAGACCAGCGUGAUUCCGAUUGGAAUGCUUCGAGUCGGUUCGUACUUCGAGAGAGCCCUGCUCUUUAAAGUGAUCGCCGAUAGGGUACACUUGCCGACCGCCUUGGUGCGAGGAGAAUACGGAAAGGCUUGGGUUGAGAUAGCAGUACCGCAGACGAAAUCAGCAGUGGAGGAGGACAUUUUCCAUCCGUAUCUUCAUAGAAGUGCCGACUGUCCGGAAUUCAUCACGGUUUACGAGCCUCUGCAACCUUUGAAGCAAUAUCUCGUGGAACGAAAGAGUCAGCUUGGACAGAUGGAGAAUGUAAUGAGUAAAGAUACGAUGCUCGAGGAUAAUUCUAGCUCCGUUUUCCCAACGAAACUGUUGAAGCCGAAUUUUAUCGUCGAUUUGAUGGAGUUUCCCGGCGAUCUGAUUCCGAUAGGCAGCCGCCGAGCUAGAUCAUACUGUGAGAAAAAACUGUCAUGCGAUAUUUUAUGCUCCGAUGAUACGUAAUACAUGAUUAUCGAAUCUGA